CCUCAAUCACGCUCCCGUGCAUCGUCGCGUUACCGGCGGAUCUGCUGUUACCGCAGCUCUUCUGUCUCGCGCGAUGCGACCCGCGGCGAGGUUUCUCGCUGCGCUUCGUGGGGUACCCUCGCGCCCACGCCUCCUCCUCGGCCGUCUCUUCUGCGCCUCACCCCAGCCAUGCGGCGGCGGUGGCGGAGAUGGAGAUCCGGGCCCAGCGGACGAGGGCGUAGACCUGCGGCUGGUCGGAUCGCUCUGCCGGGUGCUCAGCGACUUCCGCGGCCCGCGCCACGACCUGCCCGCCGCGCUGCGCGGCUUCGCGCCGCGCCUCACGCCGGACGCCGUCGCCGCGGUGCUGCGCCGGUGCCGACACCUCCCCAUGCCCUCGCUCCGGUUCUUCUUAUUCGCCGGGGAGCUUCCCGGUUUCUCCCAUCACCCGGACUCGCUCCUUAUCCUCGCGAACUCGCUCGCCGGCGCGCGGCUUUUCCCGCUGCUGCGCUCGCUGCUGUCUGACCUCCCGCCAUCCGCACUCUCGCGCGGCCUGUUCCCGCUUCUGUUCCGCGCGUACUCCCGUGCUCGCCUCCCAGAUGAUGCCAUCCGAGUCUUCUCAUCCAUGGCAGGGUUUGGGUUCCCCCCAAUGAUUGGCGAUUUCCACUCGUUGCUCUUUGCUUUGUCGCAUAAUGGCCUGGUAGAGCAUGCCGAGACAUUUUUUAGGGAGUCGGCAGGCCAGAUUGAUCAUUCCGUGAAGACCUACACAAUUUUGAUCUCUGGUUGGGCUGUUGUUAAAAGGCCAGAAAAUGCGCGGAGUCUAUUUGAUGAAAUGGUUGAGAGGGGUGUGGAGCCUGAUGUGCCGGUAUACAACGCUUUGAUUGAUGCCUUAUGUCGGGGAGGGGAUAUUACAUCCGCGGAGGAGCAGCUAAGCAGUAUGCAACAGAGUCGUGGGCUUGUUCCUAAUGCAGCCACUUAUGGUCCUUUCCUUCAUGCUGCAUGUGCAUUAAAGGAUGUCCGUGCUGCUCUUCGUGUGCUAGAUAGGAUGCAUGCGCAUGCGCUUACUCCAAAUAUAUUCACAUACAAUGCUGUUAUUCGAUUAUUGUGUGAUUUGGGAGAGGUUGGUGAGGCUUACAAUAUCCUGGAUGAGAUCACUGCCCAAGGGGAAAAGCCUGAUGUUUGGAGCUAUAACACAUUGCUUAACGCACACUGUAAGCUGAAAGAGGAAGGAUUGAUAGAGCUAUUGAGGUUUGGGAUGGGAUGGAGAAACAUGGUUUCCACCCAGGGGCGGCGACUUAUGCUGUGAUGAUCCAUGGGCUAGUUUCCAAGAAGGGAAGAGUAGAGGAUGCCUGCAGUUACUUUGUGACAAUGGUGGAUGAGGGUAUCCCACCUUAUCAGACCACUUGUGAGGUGUUGAGGGAUAGAUUGCUGAAUCUUGGCCUCCGAGAUCAACUUGGAGUGGUCACUGAUAGGAUGCGACGGAGCACUUCAUGUACGAUACAAGAAAUGUCAAUUAUCAUGCGCCGUAGUAAGAGGGAAGAUGAAACUAAAAGUCUGAGCAGUGGCCAUGAAUUCUCUGAGCGUGAUCUUGAUGAUAACCAAUGGAGGGUGAAAUGGAAACCAGGAGAUUGACAAUAACAUUACAGAGUUGUCUUACAAGUUGUUGACCAUUUUUUAUUUUGUUUUAGUUUGUCUCCCUAGUUCUAUGAGUGUCAUAGACUUAAAUGGCCCAAUUAAUAAAAGGAUGCCCAAGCCCUGGUGCAGAAAUUGCUGAUUGAGAUUUUUCCAAACUACAUUUAUAGUUUAUUGCCAAAUUUUUGGUUUUUUAUGUGUCCAUCUAUGAGGAUUGGAGGAUGAUUUGAAUUAUUCUGUCAUCACAAUCAUGACUGUUUCAUACUCCC